ACAGUUAUCUCAACAAUUCAUUGAUAAUAACCAACAAAGGAGCCGACUCCGACCUGACCUUCAUGAACUUAACAAAUACAAUUGAUUCUCAGGUUUAAGGUUUAGUUUUACUCAGGAUGCAGGUCUUUAUCCUUCUCCUUCUUCUCACAGGGGUUUUAGCUCAGGAUUGUCAGAACUGCAGGGGUGGAGCAGGAUGCUGUUGUAAGGAUUCUAUGAUCAAUGAUGGAGGUUUUAUAUACUGUUCCUGCCAAGCUUCGGCUCCGGUAGCAGUCCUGGAUACGAGUAUAACUGUCUCCUGUGAUCCAGGAUUUACCGAGGGAUGCACGCGAAAGUGCGAAUGGAGAACUCCAAUGGGAAUAUGUAAAUAUGAGAAUAAAAAUUGGAGCUGUGACCAAGCUGUGACUGGAGUAGAUUUUAGAUAUCAAAACUGUGAUAUUCAAGUUCAAGUGACCUCUGCACUUUUGGGGAACUGGACUUGUCUCUCUACUGUAUACUCAGAUACCUUCUCUGACUAUGUUAACCUGAGCCUAGAAGUUGAUUCUGUAAUUACAGUCAAAACUACUCUUGCGAUAGUUCUUCCGAUUGCCGCGGUUCUUCUUAUUGUUCUUGUCAUUCUUCUUAUAUUCUUCUGUUGUCCUACUCUAUGUGCAGGUUUUCUCUGCUGUUCCAGGAGGAAUAGAGAUCCAGAGAAGAAUGAGCGAGGUCAGGAAAUGUUAUACGAUGAGAUUGUAGAAAACCCACAAAGUGACGUAGAUAGAGAAGUGUACAGUGAGAAUCGGAGAAGAGAACCUGUUAAAGAAGUGUACAGUGAGGACCGGAGAAGAGAACCGGUUAGAGAAGUGUACAGCGAGGAUCGGAGGAGAGAACCGGUUAGAGAAAUGUACAGAGAGGACCGGAGAAGAGAACCGGUUAGAGAAGUGUACAAUGAGGAUCGGAGGAGAGAACCGGUUAGAGAAGUGUACAGUGAGGAUCGAGUGCUCGAACCAAGAGUUGAAGUUAUGUACGCACAGCCCCGAAUAAGAGAUGGAUCCGGAAGAGAUACAAGGACUGCUCGGAAGAUCAGCAAACCUCCCGGAGACCUACCGGAGAAAAUACGUAAAGCUUCCAGAGCUCAAUAUUAACCUUUGAUUUUAAUCUGCUUAAGUGCUCAAAUUACAAAUAAUAAAACAUAAAUAUUUUU